UGUUUACCCGGAAGUACUGGCUAGCUGCUACAACAACUGCUGUGAAAAAAUGUUUCGAUUUUUUCGGAUUUCUGACCGUUUUUUUAGUCUUGUAAAAAUGAUAGACUAACGUAUCACCCGAUCGCGAACUACUGAGUCGCAAUGUACAGCGGACUCCUGCCCAAAGGUUUGACGGAGGACGACCUCAGUCCGAGUGACGAAGAGGAUGAGCAGCAGGGUGGUGUUGAAGAGAAGACGACGGAGGGGGAGAAGUGUGGGAGCUCUGCGGGGGGACACAUCAGCUCAGUGGUGGAGGCACUAUCGACUCGCACUGCCUGCGAUGCAGACAGUGAUUCUCCGACGUGCAGUUUGCCUGGUAUAUCCCAGGGAAUGUGGCAAAAAUUCCAGGACCUACGGAAGAAGAAGAAGAAUGAUGAAAUGAAGAUAAUAAAGUUUCACAGAAAAAGAAGACGUCACAAGAAAGGAACAGAAAGUGAGGAACCGACAGAGACAAGCAGUGUGUGUCAGGAGGAACCGGAGAAGCACUGGGAUGAGCUUAAGCAGUAUUUUGGUGUAAAUGAUCGAUUUGAUCCCCCUGCAUGUUCCAAACCCCCUCCAAAGUCCGGCCUAGAAAAGAGCAUAGAGGGGGCCAUAGCUGAAGGGGACAUUGCAAAAGCAGAGGAGAUGAGCGACAGACUCGCCACUCGAGAGAAUGGACACAGCAUGAUGUGGAGCAGCCGGAGGGGAUUUACACAGAGAAAAUUAAAGGUGUAAUUAACAUUACGUUGAUUUGUACCAGAAAAAGCCUCAGUAAGUCCAGUUUGUAUGGUAAUUUAUUGCCCAGUAACACUCACCUUCUGUCGAGCAGGUCACUUCAAACACUGGCUUGAUUUUGGUAGAUUAGUCAUUUAUCGCUUAAUGCUGGUACUGUCGUAGUUACACUGCAAUAAAACAGUGACAGUUCAAAGUACAGUGAAUUAACCCUUAGAUGUAAAGGUCAUUAGAACAUUGUGGGUAAUGUGAACCUACAUUGUUCUGUAAGUCGGUCAAAAUGGCCAACGAUAAAAUGUAAUGUUUUUAGUUCAUAAUAAAUUCAAAAAAUAAUCAUUUGAAGUCAACAUUUGUUUAUAUGGGAAUGGUUGCAUGUAACCUCAUUACAGAUCCGACAACCGCUUUUUUGAACACUUUUAACAUUCAACAAUAAAAUUAUGAGCAAUACACUAUAAUAUAAUGGGAGCCUCUCUAAAAUAUUGUAUUUAGUUGAGCCAAGCAACAGAUAUAUUUACAAUAAUUAUGGUACACUAACUUUUGUCAGCUGUAAAGUUGUCUAAUAUGUCUGUAAAAGAAUGUUCUCCAAUGUAACCGUAAUCAAAAUGUUAAACAGUGAUACAUUUGACAGUUACAGUAAAGUUAUACAGAUGAUGCUUACAUGUAAUGAAUGUAAAAUGGUCCUGCUGUGUAAAAUAAUUUAGCUGAGUGAUGAUGCUAAGCACAGAUGAGGUGUGGUUCACAGUAAAUACUGUAUGUAUCUGACAGAUAAAAAGUUAUGAAUUUCCA